AUGCCUCGUGGGGCGCGCUUCAGUUUUGCGUACAACAGCAUUAUCCUUGAACACCAUGCCAUCCAAACCCGCCAUGCUCUAAGCCGCCUAAAGGCCAAUUAUCAUCUCUUCCUCUUAAAUCAACCAAAAGUACCCCGGUUCAGGAUGCAGGAUCUUGGGCUCAAGAGACAAUGGCGGGCGCCUAAGAUGAAGAACAUGGAGAAUUGA